UACCACAGAAGAAGACGACGAGGUAGCAACCUUCCGCUUUAACCUCAGGUUACAAAAUCAAAACUUUGCUUUCCAAAACACUCCAAACAGUCGCGGCGAAUGGGGCUUGACACGUUUUGCAGUUUGGACAGUUCCGAUCCAUUUUGGGAUUGGAACCGUACGUGGUACACGGAUAACCCAGACUUCACCCAGUGCUUCCAGAACACGGUCCUGGUGUGGCUGCCAUGCCUUUACCUCUGGAUAUGUGCCCCCAUCUACCUCGUCUACCUCCGCAGCCACGAUCAUGGCUACAUAUGUAUGAGUCACAUCAACAAAGCUCGAACUGCUGUUGGCUUUCUACUAUGGAUCAUCUGCUGGUCGGAUGUUUUCUUUUCUUUCUGGGAAAAAAGUCGCGGCAGCAGCGACCCUGCACCCGUCCUCCUCGUCAGUCCGACCUUACUGGGCUUCACUAUGUUGCUGGCCACCUUCUUAAUCCAGUAUGAGCGGAUGAAAGGGGUCCAGUCGUCCGGGGUGAUGCUGCUCUACUGGAUGCUGGCGCUGCUGUGUGCCACCGUCACCUUCAGGUCCAAGAUCUUCCAGGCCCUGGACCAGCCGUCGACGGUGUGUGUGUGGAGGUACACCACCUUCUACAUCUACUACGCUCUGCUGCUGGUUUCUCUGCUCCUGUCCUGCCUGACGGACCGGCCGCCCCUCUUCUCCGAAGCCAGCAAAGACUCGAAUCCCUGCCCUGAGCCUGGAGCUAGUUUCCUCUCCAGAAUAACCUUCUGGUGGAUCACCACGAUGAUGGUGACGGGCUACCGGCGCCCCCUGGAGGAGAAGGAUCUGUGGUCUCUGAACUCCGAGGACCGCUCCCAUACAGUGGUGCCACAGCUGGUGCGACACUGGGACAUGGGGUGCCAAAAGGUCAAAAGGACGGAGCAGAAAACGUUGUACUCCCCCAAGAAGGCCCCGCCCGGACAGGGCCAAGAGGGCCGGGCCGUGGAGGAGUCCGAGAUCUUGAUCGUCAAAGCCCAGAAAACCAAGGAGCCGUCCCUGCUCUUGGCCCUGUGCCGCACCUUCGGGCCCUACUUCCUCAUCUCCUGCCUCUAUAAGAUCAUCCAGGACGUCCUCAUGUUCGUCGGGCCGGAGAUUCUCCGGCUGCUGAUCCGCUUCGUCAACAACUCCAGCGCCCCCUACUGGCACGGCUACUUCUACACGGCGCUGCUCUUCAUAUGUACCUGUGUGCAGUCGCUCAUCCUCCAGAAGUACUUCCAAGUCUGCUUUGUCUCGGGCAUGCGUCUGCGCACCGCCAUCAUAGGAGCCAUCUACAGGAAGGCCUUGGUGAUAAGCAGCGCGGCCCGCCGCACCUCCACGGUGGGAGAGAUGGUCAACCUGAUGUCGGUGGACACUCAGCGCUUCAUGGACCUCGUCACGUACAUCAACAUGAUAUGGUCCGCCCCGCUGCAGGUGGUGCUGGCCCUCUACUUCCUCUGGCAGAACCUGGGUCCGUCCGUGCUGGCUGGAGUGGCUGUGAUGGUUCUCAUGGUUCCCAUUAAUGCCGUCAUCGCCAUGAAAACCAAAACGUACCAGGUCGCCCAAAUGAAGAGCAAAGACAAUCGCAUCAAGCUGAUGAACGAGAUCCUGAACGGCAUCAAGGUGCUGAAGCUGUACGCCUGGGAGCUGGCCUUCAAGGACAAGGUGUCAAAGAUCCGCGAGAGUGAGCUGCGGGUCCUGAAGAAGACCGCCUACCUGGGAGCCAUGUCCUCUUUCACCUGGAUCUGUGCCCCUUUCCUGGUUGCACUGUCCACCUUCACCGUGUACGUUCUGAGUGACGAAAAGAACGUGCUCGAUGCCCAGAAGGCCUUCGUGUCACUGGCCCUCUUCAACAUCCUGCGGUUUCCUCUCAACAUGCUGCCAAUGGUCAUCAGUAGCAUGGUGCAGGCCAGCGUGUCCUUGAAGCGUCUGCGAGUGUUCCUGUCACACGAGGAGCUGCAGGAAGACAGCGUGGAGCACGAAGCAGUACCAGCCUCGCUCAGUAUCUCCAUGGUGGAUGGAGUUUUCAGCUGGUCCAGAGCUGAAUCGCCCACACUAAAGAGGCUGAAUGUGUGUAUCCCUGAAGGCUCUUUGGUGGCCGUGGUGGGACACGUGGGUUCGGGAAAGUCCUCGCUGCUGUCGGCGCUGCUCGGAGAGAUGGACAAACUGGAAGGAACUGUGGCUGUCAAGGGUUCCGUGGCCUACGUUCCCCAGCAGGCCUGGAUCCAGAACGCCACGCUGAAAGACAACAUCAUGUUCGGCCAGGAGAGGAGGCAGACCUGGUAUCAGCGUGUGGUGGAGGCCUGCGCCCUUGAGCCUGACCUUGAGAUCCUUCCGGCUGGAGACGAGACGGAGAUCGGAGAGAAGGGGGUGAAUCUGUCUGGAGGGCAGAAGCAGAGGGUCAGCCUGGCCAGGGCCGUCUACUGCGACCGGGCCGUCUACCUGUUGGAUGACCCGCUGUCCGCCGUCGACGCUCAUGUAGGAAAACACAUCUUUGAGCAGGUCGUCGGCCCACAGGGACUGCUGAAGGACAAGACACGUGUGCUGGUGACCCACGGACUGAGCUACCUGCCUCAGACCGACCUGAUCCUGGUCAUGGUGGAGGGCGAGAUCACGGAGAUGGGCUCCUACCAGCACCUCAUGGCCACCGAGGGCGCCUUCGCCGAGUUCCAGAGGACGUACGCUGCCGUCGACCACCCCGCCGAUGACGAAACUGUGCCAAAGAGUGGAAGCAAAGCAUCGGAGAACGGCAGCACAGCUGCUCUUGUUGGCAGCAGUCCGGUAGUCGGCAGUGUGUCCAAACUGUGCCAGAAGAAUGAGGAGGACAAGGUGCCGGGCGAGAAGGCCAAGCAGGCGGGCAAGCUGACGGAGGCCGACAAGGCCAGCACUGGACUGGUCAAGCUGUCCGUGUUCGGGUCGUAUCUGAAAGCCAUCGGAGUGACUCUGUCCUGCGUCAGUCUGCUGCUGUUCCUCACCCAAAACCUGAUGUCCCUGUUCUCCAACUACUGGCUGAGCCUGUGGACCGACGACCCCGUGGUCAACGGCACUCAGCCCAACAGACUGAUGAGGCUCGGGGUGUACGGCGCUCUCGGCUUGUUCCAGGGCGUGUCCGUCUUCGGUUACUCCCUCUCCACGUCCAUCGGAGGCAUCCUGGCGUCCCGCUGCCUCCACCAGUCCAUGCUGUACGACGUCCUGCGCUCGCCCAUCUCCUUCUUCGAGCGGACGCCCAGCGGCAACCUCGUCAACCGCUUCGCCAAGGAGAUGGACACCAUUGACACGGUGCUCCCCAGCAUUAUUAAGAUGUUCAUGGGCUCCAUGUUCAACGUGAUGGGCUCUUGCGUCAUCAUCCUGAUCGCCACGCCGCUGGUGGCCAUCAUCAUCCCUGUUCUCGGGCUGCUCUACUUUUUUGUGCAGAGGUUUUAUGUGGCAUCGUCUCGCCAGCUGAAGCGCCUGGAGUCGGUCAGCCGUUCGCCCAUCUACACCCACUUCAACGAAUCGCUGCUGGGCACCUCCGUCAUCCGAGCCUUCGGGGAGCAGGAGCGCUUCAUCCGCGAGAGUGACCAGCGCGUGGACCACAACCAGAAGGCCUACUACCCCAGCAUAGUAGCAAACAGGUGGCUAGCCGUCCGCUUGGAGUUUGUAGGAAACUGCAUCGUGUCCUUCGCCGCUCUGUUUGCCGUCAUAGCCAGAGAGAGUCUCAGCCCGGGCAUCAUGGGGCUGUCCAUCUCCUAUGCCCUCCAGCUGACCGCCUCCCUGACCUGGCUGGUGAGGAUGUCCUCUGAGGUGGAGACCAACAUCGUGGCUGUGGAGAGAGUGAAAGAGUACAGUGACACGGAGAAAGAGGCGGCGUGGAAACAUGAGCCCUCCAGCCUCCCACCGGGGUGGCCCACCAAUGGCUGCAUAGACAUCCGAGGCCUCGGCCUACGCUACCGCCACGAUCUGGACCUCGCCAUUCGCAACAUCACCAUCAAAAUCGACCAGGGAGAGAAGGUGGGGAUUGUGGGGCGCACCGGAGCCGGGAAAUCAUCCCUGACGCUGGCGCUGUUCCGCAUCAUCGAGGCGUCCGAGGGCCAGAUCUUCAUCGACGGCGUGGACAUCGCUCAGCUGGGCCUCCACGAGCUCCGGUCCAGAAUCACCAUCAUACCACAGGAUCCGGUGCUGUUUUCAGGCUCUCUGAGGAUGAACCUGGAUCCUUUCGAAAGCUUCUCCGACGAGGAGGUCUGGAGGUCUCUGGAGUACUCUCAUCUCAAGAGCUUCGUGUCUGGCCUGCCGAACAAACUCAGCCAUGAGUGUAGCGAAGGAGGGGAGAACCUCAGUGUCGGUCAGCGACAGCUGCUCUGCUUGGCCAGAGCUCUGCUGAGGAAGACCAAGAUCCUGGUGCUGGACGAGGCCACCGCCGCCGUGGACAUGGAGACGGACAACUUGAUCCAGUCCACCAUCCGAUCUCAGUUUGAAGACUGCACCGUUCUGACCAUAGCGCACCGCCUGAACACGGUCAUGGACUACACCCGGGUUCUGGUGCUGGACAAGGGAGAAAUGUCCGAGUUCGACUCCCCCUCCAACCUCCUCGCUCAACGAGGAGCCUUUUACAAGAUGGCCAAGGACGCCGGGCUGGUCUGAGGCCCCAGAGGCCUCUCCUCGUUCAGCAGCUCCUCUCGAGCUCCUCCCCAGGCCGUCUGCUCCACGCCGCGGACUUCCUGAGAUGAAGAAGAAGAAGAAGGGAUUGUUAGGAUUUAGAGUGUUUGACUAUUUGUUUGAGCUGCUCCACGACACACUUAAGUUCACGACGCUAUGCUGCCCGUCCCAAACCAACCGGGUUCCUCCUGUCGGCCCCGGACCGGCAGCCCCCUGGUUCUUUGUGUUCCUUUUCUGCCAUUUCUCUCACGAGGGGCAUACUGAAUAUGGCUUUUAUUUAUAGAGCGUUAUAUCUGUGCUGGAGCAGGGAAGGUGGGUUUUGACUUCUUUACAGACCAAAGUCCCCGCAGUCGACAGUUCUCUUCUGGUUGUGUGCAGAGCACAAAGAGGCUGUUGUGCUCCAAAUUCUAAAUCCUACGGUGCCAAAGACUGCCCUCGAACAUCUGUUCUUUUUUGAGACAUAGAGUUGAAAACAUUUAUGCUGAUUUGAGAUAAUGGACUUUCACUUCAGACUAAGUCAGAAAUGCCUGCCUCAUGAAUGCCUCAUCCAAAAUGUAAACAGUAUGUUCUGUACACUAAUCUUUUCUACAAUGCUGCCGUUUAUUUUUUAUUUUUACAAUUGGUAAUUAAGUAAUGGACACCCUUCACAGUUUUAUACCAACAGGAAAAUAAUAUCAACAAGAGAUACAAGCUGCGGCCUGCACUCUUUACACCGAUGCGCCCCAUUUUCUCAUUCUAAGGGAACACGUAAAAUAUGUGGACUGCCCGGUGGUGUGCUGGUCCUCCCUGGGUGUUCCUCUGGGUUCUCCGGGGGUUCCUCCCACUGUCAAAAGAGAAGUAGCUCAUGUUAACCGGACUCUAAAGUGCCCGGAGGUGUGAUUGGUUGUCUGGCAUCCUGUCCAGGGUGAACCCCGCCUUUUUGCCCCAAUGUCAGCUGGGAUGAGCUCCAGCCUCCCCGGACGGAUGGAGAUAUAAUAUCUCCAGGCUUAUCUUUUUCAGCUGGGACGACGCUAAAUGCUUUGAGCUUAACAAAGUAGCUAAAAGAAUGGAGAGGGUUCCACUUUGCCCCAAUGAAUGUACGAUCAGCAGGAUUUGUGUUUCGAAGGCCUUACUUUCAGACGUCAUCAGGAGGAUACAGCAGCAGCGGUGCCCGCUGAUUGGUCCGAAGCAGCCGUUGCUCUGAUGUCACAAACCCAGGCAGUGGUGGUUUGUGACGUCAACGCAUAAACAAAACUUCAAACGCACAAACUGUUGGAUAGAUUCACCGGGAGUGUGACCGUUCGUCCAGCACUGACUGUUAAUUUAUUGUGUUUUGUUCUUUCAACAUACGCUUAAAAUGUUCAUGCAAUCUGCUGAUUGGCUAAGAGGCUCUACUCGUGUCGGACACGCUGACUGUUACAUAUUUUGUGUUCAUACAAAACAACACUAUUGUUCUAAAUUGUAUUUUAGGGGAACUCUAAUGUACACCAAAUGGACAUUAUACUAUUUUUGCGUUCCUUUUUUGUUUUUAUGUCCACUUUAAAAAUUAUUACAAUUGUUUACAUUUGACAUGUCACUCAAACAAAUGGAUGCAUUAAAAAAAACAUGUUCUAGAAGUCUGACCUCAACUCUCACAGCAGUUUUCCAAUUGAUUUGACACGAGAACACUAAAUAUAUUAUAACUUGGUUAUAGAUGGAGGAAACUGCAACAUUAUGUAAAGCAUUUUGAGAAUAAAUAAAGCAUAUUUGUUGAACAUA